GUAGCCUGCAUGCACGGAAAUGACCUCUCAAAAGUUUAGGGUAGGGGGAUUAUUUGACGACUGUCGCUAAGGACAACGGUGUCCAUGACAACGUCAUAUGUUGUCCAGCAUCUGCUGACUUCAUGAACGUCUAUCAGUAGCACAAUGCGGGAAAACGGCUUUAGCCGCAAAGACAACAAAGCCAGGCGGGGAAAUUUUAUUUCCCGCCUGAAGGAAACUUUAUUGUGCUGCUGUAAGCCAACCACUGAGCCUGAGGAGGAUGACCUGGCCGUGUCAGAAGCUGACUGUGGUCAGGACGGGCCGUUGUGUACCCCAUCCCAUGAGGGUCAUCACCCCACCCCUGACACCCCAGUCUCCUCCCAUGCCAGUCCUCCCUCCCCCUUGCCCAGGGGUACUGAGGGAGUUAAUCCACAGGCCCCUCCCACUCCACCUGAGGCUGUCCCACUGAGCCAUCCAGAGGCCGCCCCACCUAGCCAUCCAGAGGCCGCCCCACCCAGCCAUCCAGAGGCUGCGCCUCCCAGCCAUCCAGAGGCUGUCCCGCCCAGCCAUCCAGAGGCUGUCCCGCCCAGCCAUCAAGAGGCCGCCCCACCCAGCCAUCCAGAGGCUGCCCCACCCAGCCAUCCAGAGGCUGCGCCUCCCAGCCAUCCAGAGGCUGUCCCGCCCAGCCAUCCAGAGGCUGUCCCGCCCAGCCAUCAAGAGGCCGCCCCGCCCAGCCAUCCAGAGGCUGUCCCGCCCAGCCAUCCAGAGGCCGCCCCACCCAGCCAUCCAGAGGCUGCGCCUCCCAGCCAUCCAGAGGCUGCCCCACCCAGCCAUCCAGAGGCUACCCCACCCAGCCAUCCAGAGGAUGCCCCACCAAGCCAUCCAGAGGCUGCCCCAUCCUCCCCACCAAAUGUGGGCCAUACAGUGGAGUGUGUACCAGCUUUCAUACCAGAGGUUUUGGGAUCAACAUCUGCACAUGACAUUAGUACAGAGGAGGGAAAACCACCAGCCACAUCCACUGAGGUUGACAACGGGGACAAAACGAUAGAGCCUGACUCUUCUUCUCCUCACAUGAUGGGUGCUGAGGCAGUUUCACAUCCUCCGCCAAGGCUACAGGAUGAUCUAACCUCUGGGGGUAAGGUUGUGUCCUCCGAGUUACACCUUAUCCCAGCCCAUGAGGUUGACCAACCAUCUGUAGAUGAGGAUGUGACUUCAGCUUCAGCUGAGGGUCGGACCACAUCAGGACAGCCGACGCCUUCUUCCAGUUCUCACAUUUAUAGGAGGACGUAGAUAAACUGGUAAGUAUUUUUCUGUUGAUGAAGUUGUUUGAUAUUUGUGUGUCUGUUUGUCUAUAACACCGUCUUUCCAGCAAACACCUCGUCAUUCUCUGAGGUGGUACACUGAUGUUUUAUUAUGCUUUCUGUGAAUGGCUUUUACAGAGAACUUGUUACAACUUGUAACACACUCUCACUGUGUUUGUUUCUCUCAAUGUCUCUCUUACUGUCUCCCACUGAUGUCCAGCACCAUGCACAUAUACCUUAAUUCCACAACCUUUUCGCAUAUGAAAGAGCAACUUUAAUUUGUGCAAAUUUUUAAUCUGAUUUAAGAAAACUGCAUUGGUUGGAUUGGCCGGUUUCAGGGCUUCACAAAAGUAUAAUAGUUAUCAGCCAAUACAGAAUAAUGCCUUCAGAAUAUGCUUGAAUAGAGACCUUGCAAACAUGCAGAAAGGUUGGGGAAUUAGUAACAGUAGAGUUGGCUAACUGCUUCUAUGCGCAUUCUCGUAAUGACCU